AUGUUCGAGUCGAUUGUCGUGUCGUGCGGGGACGGUGGGAGCUUGCAAGCCGGACAUGCGGGGUUGGGGAAGCUGCUCCCGAGAGCUACCCUCUUUGGGACACACUGUCCACCAACAUCCAUCUCACGCGCUACACUUACCAUGUCAGAACUCAAGAUCACCUUGAUAGGCACUGGAACUAUUGGACUCUCCUUUGCUGCCUUCCAUCUUGCCCACCUUGCCAGCUCAUCACAGCUCACAAUCUAUGAUACGCGUCCGGACGCCUCCCAAUACGUUCAAAACAACCUGCCGCGGUUCUUCAAUCACCAGGAUCCAUCCAGUCUACCGUCCUUUUCUGAUGUGAAAAUUGCAACCUCGCUCCAAGAUGCGGUCAAGGGCGCGAACAUCGUCCAAGAAUCCGGUCCCGAGAACCUGCCUUUCAAACUCGAUCUGUGGUCUGAAGUAGAGAAGCAUGCGCCCAAUGACGCUCUACUCUGGAGUUCAACAUCUGGGAUUCCAGCAUCCCAGCAAUCGGGGAAAAUGCAGAACAAAUCGCGGUUAUUGGUCGUGCAUCCGUACAACCCACCGCACAUCAUGCCACUGCUUGAGCUUGUGCCCUCGCCGGAAACAUCUGACGAAGUCAUCGAGCGAACACAAGAGUUCUGGCGUGCACAGGGGCGAGUGCCAAUCCACAUCAAGAAAGAGACAACAGGUUUUGUCGCCAACAGACUCGCCUUUGCAUUACUUCGCGAAGCCGUUCAUCUUGUUGACCAAGGUGUGGUAUCUGUGGAAGAAAUCGAUUCGAUUGUGACAAAUUCGAUGGGCCCUCGGUGGGCUGUUGCAGGGCCGUUCAAAAGCUACCAUGCAGGCGGUGGGCCAACUGGGCUUGAAGGUUUCUUCAAAAACAUUGGAGGUACGGUGCAAGAGUGCUGGGCUGAUGCAGGGACGCCAAACGUAGGCGAUGGGUGGGAGGAAAAGGUCUUUCGGCAGGCAAAAGAGGUGUAUGGCACGGUCAAUGUAGGGGAGCGAGACAGGAUCACGCGGAGGAUACUGCAGGUCUUGGAAGAGGAAAAGAAGGAUGCUGGUAAUGCAAGAUCAGAUUGA